AUAAUUUGUUCCAAAGCCAAACGAUUUCUGGACCAAUAAAUUAUAAACAAAGUGAUUCAAAUUGGGUUGUUCGGACGUAAUGACCACCUCGCACAUUUUGUCUGCUGUCGAUCCGGCUGGUAUGAGCGGCUCAACAAACCAUAACAACAACAACAACAACAUGGCGAAUGUUAGUAGUGACAACACCAGUGUUGCCGGCCAACAUCAUAAUACCAACAGCAACAGCAAUGGCGGACACUCAGGAGCGCCUUCGCCGCAACAUAUACAUCAUAACAUAGCUGCCAGCAGCAGCGGCAACGGGGGUCGUGGUGUUGGCAUUGGCAUUGGCGUAUGCAGCGGCAUGAGCGGUAGCAUAAAUACUCUCGGCGCACCACUGGGGGCAAAUCGGAGUCCCGGCAUGGAGAGAAAUCUGCAUGUCAGCCUCGAUGAUCGUGAACUGUGGCUACGCUUUCAGAAUCUCACCAAUGAAAUGAUCGUUACGAAAAACGGCAGACGCAUGUUUCCGGUGGUCAAGAUUAGCACUUCCGGUCUGGAUCCAGCUGCCAUGUACACAGUUCUGCUGGAGUUCGUGCAAGUGGAUACACAUCGCUGGAAGUAUGUUAACGGCGAGUGGGUUCCCGGUGGCAAGGCGGAGGUGCCCCCUGCGAAUCCCAUCUACGUGCAUCCCGAGUCACCGAAUUUCGGCGCUCACUGGAUGAAGGAGCCGAUUUCGUUUGCGAAAGUGAAGUUGACGAACAAAACGAAUGGGAAUGGUCAGAUUAUGCUGAAUUCCUUGCAUAAGUAUGAGCCGCGUGUGCAUUUGGUGCGUGUGGGCUCAGAACAGCGCCAUGUGGUCACUUAUGCCUUUCCGGAGACACAAUUCAUUGCGGUGACCGCCUAUCAGAAUGAAGAGGUCACCUCGUUGAAGAUCAAAUACAACCCAUUUGCAAAAGCCUUUCUAGAUGCAAAGGAGCGUCCCGACACAUUGUACUCGCACGAGACACCUUACGGCUGGCUAAUACCACCACCGACUCAUUAUACUAGCGUUGCACAAGCGCCCCCACCACCGCCACCCAGUUUGGCAGUGUCAAAUUCUCCGCUGGGCAUGGGUUGUGACCGCUAUGGACGUGCGCUCGGUAGCCGCGGCAUGUCCGCACAUGGAUCACGCGCCUCGCCGUACACUCGACCGCGCCUUGUUUCGAGCACAUCUGGCACCAACUCGCCAGGCCCUGGCAGUAGUGGUGUGAUGAAUGGUAGCACCGGCAGCGCUUCUCCACCACAGCAGCCACCUUCAGCUCCACAUACUCCAACUAGCAUACAAUCCACACAUACCACCAAUUUGGGCGUCGCCGCCAGCAAUGUUGGCAUGACCAGCUCAGCAAAUGCAGUCGGCUCUUUUUCAGGUUUUUCCAGUUCCUAUACGCAAUCCAGUUUUAUGCCGGUAGAGCCGAGUUCCUCGAUGCUUUCAUACGCGGGUACUUGGCAGAGCAAUGGCGGUUAUUGGAGUUCACCAGCGCCGGUGACCGGCGUGCCACCAACAGCAGUGCCGGUGAAUGCCAGUCAAAGCAGCAACGUUGGCCGAUCGAUGAGUUCUGCACACAAUUCUCCAUCGCCAACAAAUGGUGGUUCACCCAAUUACACCAGUCCUUCUCCUGGCUACACCAUUCACCACCUCACACCUCAUCCUUCCCAUCAAUAUAAUGUGGCACAAACGGCGGCAGCUGCAGCACAUGCCGUGGAUAUGUACCAGAAUGCCACACCCGCCCAGUCCUACGCUGCGCCACCUACGCAUCAAGUGUACCAUCCAACGCCCACCUCCCCCACACACCAGCUGUACACGAAUGUAUUGAAUGCGCCAACGGCGUUGAGCUAUGCGGGCAGCUCCUGGCAUAACGGCGGCGGUGCGGAGUACGGACUGUAUCAGAAUGCAGCUUACGGCUAUCAACCGGAGUAUAUCCCGUUGUUGUCAGAUUUGGGCUACACCUCGCAUCCGCUUGAACCCGUCGAAGUUUCAAAAACUCUCGAAGAUUCGCAGGCCGCCAUCUACAAGUCGCCUCAGCAAACUGGCAGUGACGGCGGCAGCAGCUCAGUGCUUACUUUGGAAUGCACCAACUUGAAGGCACAGUCGCCUUCGGUUGCUGUGAAAUUGGAGGCCAUCGACAGCGUAGUCACACCCAGUCAUGAGCGCAGCUCAGCGGCUGCAACUGCGACGGCCACCUCGGUUGUAACUGCUAGCCCGAACACGCCAGGCGGUGCGUGGACGCCGCUCACCCCACCACAGAGUGCGCUGCAGUAG